UCUGGUUCGUUGAGAUCUCCAUCGCCACGCUUUCCUUUCGUCCUCUCUCUCUCUCUCUCUCUCUCUCUCUCUUCGCCAGAUCUCUUACUUUGCACUUUGCAGAUUUGGUGUUGAAUGCAUCGAUAGAGUUAGCUUAAUUUUCCGACGUCUUGCAUUAAAGCAAAUGGAGUUACCAAGUAUGAGAAAGCGUUUGAUCUACUGGUUUUGCCUUUCCGUCGUUGUUGUCUUUGUUCAAAUUAGCAAUGCUUUUUAUCUUCCGGGAAGCUACAUGCACACAUACUCAAAUGGAGAUCCGAUAAACGCCAAAGUUAAUUCGUUGACUUCUAUUGAAACUGAGCUUCCCUUCAGCUACUAUAGUCUCCCUUACUGCCAGCCCCUUGGUGGCAUAAAGAAAAGUGCUGAGAAUCUUGGAGAACUCCUUAGGGGAGAUCAGAUCGAUAACUCUCCCUACGUUUUCCGCAUGAAUCUUAAUCAGUCAAUCUACCUCUGCACUACAACCCCCUUGAAUGAGCAUGAGGUUAAGCUACUGAAACAAAGAACUCGUGAUCUGUAUCAAGUAAAUAUGAUCCUUGACAAUUUGCCUGUUAUGAGGUUUGCUAUUCAAAAUGGGGUUAAAAUCCAGUGGACGGGGUUCCCUGUUGGAUACACACCACCUGAUGGUAGUGCUGAUUACAUCAUUAACCAUCUCAAGUUCACGGUCUUGGUUCAUGAAUAUGAAGGAAAUGGUGUUGAAAUCAUUGGGACUGGGGAGGGAGGUGCGGGUAUUAUUUCUAAAGCUGACAUGAAGGCUUCUGGAUAUGAAAUAGUUGGUUUUCAGGUUGUCCCUUGUAGCAUUAAACGUGAUCCUGAAGUCAUGACAAAGCUCCACAUGUAUGACAAUAUCUCUUCGACAAACUGCCCAUCUGAGCCAGACAAGUAUCAACCAAUAAGAGAGCAAGAGAGGGUAUCAUUCACAUAUGAGGUUCAAUUUGUGAAAAGUGAUAUAAGAUGGCCAUCGCGGUGGGAUGCUUAUUUGAAGAUGGAGGGUGCCCGAGUACAUUGGUUCUCAAUCCUAAAUUCACUUAUGGUUAUUUUUUUCCUAGCUGGUAUUGUUUUUGUCAUUUUCUUAAGAACUGUGAGAAGGGACUUGACAAGGUAUGAGGAAAUGGACAAAGAGACACAAGCUCAGAUGAAUGAGGAGCUUUCUGGAUGGAAGCUUGUUGUGGGUGAUGUAUUUAGGGAGCCUGAUUGCUCAAGGCUUCUCUGUGUGAUGGUUGGGGAUGGGGUUCAGAUUCUUGGAAUGGCUGCUGUUACUAUUGUUUUUGCAGCCCUGGGUUUCAUGUCACCAGCUUCCCGGGGAAUGCUAUUAACAGGGAUGAUAAUUUUAUAUCUUUUCCUCGGAAUUGCUGCUGGGUAUGUCAGUGUACGUCUCUGGAGGACCAUUAAGGGAACUUCAGAAGGGUGGAGAUCGAUUUCCUGGUUUGCUGCAUGUUUUUUUCCUGGAAUUGCUUUUAUUAUUUUAACAGCACUGAAUUUUAUUCUCUGGGGCAGCAACAGCACUGGCGCUAUUCCCAUUUCCUUGUAUUUUGAGUUGUUAUUCCUCUGGUUCUGCAUUUCAGUACCACUUACCCUCAUUGGAGGAUUUAUGGGUACAAAAGCUCCGCAGAUUGACUAUCCUGUGCGAACUAAUCAGAUUCCAAGGGAAAUUCCUUCGCGUAAAUAUCCUUCAUGGCUUCUUGUUCUUGGCGCAGGAACUCUUCCUUUCGGAACCCUUUUCAUUGAGCUUUUCUUUAUCCUUUCCAGUAUCUGGCUUGGGAGAUUCUAUUAUGUAUUUGGUUUCCUGUUGGUUGUUCUUCUAUUGCUGGUUAUUGUUUGUGCUGAAGUGUCAGUGGUCCUCACAUAUAUGCAUCUUUGUGUGGAAGAUUGGCGGUGGUGGUGGAAGGCAUUCUUUGCCUCAGGCUCUGUUGCUCUUUAUGUCUUCUUGUACUCCAUUAACUACUUGGUUUUCGACCUGCAAAGUUUGAGUGGACCUGUAUCAGCAAUACUUUAUCUUGGCUAUUCACUGCUCAUGGCGAUUGCAAUCAUGUUGUCAACUGGAACCAUUGGCUUCCUUAUGUCAUUCUACUUUGUGCACUACUUGUUUUCAUCAGUAAAGAUAGAUUGAGGUUCUCUUUGCUAUCUCUCAUCAACUAAGCAAAAGGCAUGCUGGAAGAGAAAUUUUUCUUAAGUGGUAUAACCUCUGCUGAAUUCUUUUUAUAGCUUGAUUGCUUUGCAGCAUAUUGAGUGGGGUAACAGAUGUUUUGCUGAUUGCAUUAAAUAGCUGUCAAUUGAUUUUAUAUUGCAACGUGAUCUGCAGUUUGUUCCCCUUCUACCUGUCUCCCGUAAGUGGUUUACUCAUUCAGCUAGUGUUUGAUAUCAUUUGUUUCAUGUAAUAGUUUAAUCAAGUUGUUCAGACUGUCUCAUCCCUUAUUCAUUCCAAUGCUGAAAAAAAAAAUUAAAUGGAUACUUUUAUAUAUUU